CCUGCCCGUUGCACGCCCACUGCCCAACCACACCCAUGUAUAAAUCCACGCCUCCGAAUCCAAUGCUGCUCACUCUUUAUGAGGAUAGUGUUGUUAGACAAGAAAAUUCAAGAAAUUCAACAAGGAAAUAACUCAACGGUCACGAUGCGUCCUCACUGCCUCCUCGCACUCGUUGCCCUCGUCCUUCCUCUAGUGGCCGCCGCAGCCACAGGCCACCGGGACGCCUUGGUCGGCGG